UCACCAAACUCCAAUGAGGAGUGGCGUGUCUGUCAACCAAUAGCGGAAGUAGGUCUGAGAUUACUUCCUUGUCGUGGCCUGCGCUGGAGCUCUGUGGUUAUUUGUUUGCCGCGGCCUCCCUUGCUCCGCUCCGGCAGGGACGCAUUAGGGCGAGGAGGGAAUGCAGUAGCUGGCACAACACUGUGAAACAACCCCAUGGGAAUGUAAAAACUUAAGGACUGGAAAGCCCUCACUUGGACGCCGUGUCUGCGAGCCUUAAAGACUUGAACAUCUCCCCUGGUUUCUCAUGGAAGCAGAUGGAUUUGUGAGGAGGCGUCGGAUGACAGCGGAGACUACAGGCAAUGAUCCCGGGGUUGCUGGUGCCUCUGCCGGGGCAGAAGUUCGAUGGCUGGGGGGCAGAUUCUGGGGAGUUUCGGAAAGUAUCGUGGGGAGACUGACACCCAGGAUCGGAGGAGAAACGGAGCUACAGACAGUUGAUUUUACCCGUAGUGCACAAGAUGCACAAACAGAGGACUCUGAACCAGACUAUGAGGGGUUACCUCAGGGAGCUUCCACAGGCACCCACAUGUUAGCUGGAGCCGUCGCCGGGAUCAUGGAGCACUGCCUCAUGUUCCCCAUCGACUGUGUCAAGACAAGAAUGCAGAGCCUCCAGCCCGACCCCGCAGCCCGCUACAGGAACGUCAUGGAUGCCCUUCGCCGAAUUGUCGCCACAGAGGGAGUCUGGAGGCCAAUGAGAGGGCUGAAUGCAACAGCAGUUGGGGCAGGACCUGCUCAUGCCCUCUAUUUUGCCUGCUAUGAGAAACUCAAAAAGACUCUAAGUGAUGUCAUUCACCCAGGGGCUAACAGUCAUUUGGCUAAUGGUACAGCUGGGUGUGUGGCCACACUGCUUCACGAUGCAGCCAUGAAUCCAGCUGAAGUUGUGAAGCAGCGUAUGCAGAUGUAUAACUCACCCUACCGCGGCGUAAUGGACUGUGUACGCGCCGUGUGGCAGAAGGAGGGCGCUGCUGCCUUCUACCGCAGCUACACCACCCAGCUCACCAUGAACGUGCCCUUCCAGGCGCUCCACUUCAUGACCUAUGAGUACCUUCAGGAGCUGCUCAACCCCCAAAGACAAUACAACCCCUCAUCCCACAUGCUGUCCGGAGCUUUGGCUGGAGCCAUCGCGGCUGCAGCCACCACACCUCUGGAUGUAUGCAAGACCCUGCUCAACACCCAGGAGUCUCUAUCUCUCGGUGCCCAGUCUGCCAGCCAGGGUCAAGGAGCCCACAGACAGAUCUCAGGCCUGGCCCACGCCUUCCGGACAGUAUAUAGGCUGGGCGGCCUGCAGGGCUUCUUCAAGGGGGCCCAGGCGAGGGUCAUCUACCAGAUGCCCUCUACAGCCAUCAGCUGGUCGGUCUAUGAGUUCUUCAAGUAUGGCCUCACCAAGCACCAGCACGAGAAGAGGAGAGCGCAGCACAUGGAGGCUUAGAGAUGUUUCCUCGGUUUAAUCUCCUCUAAUUUUUGCUCCGCCCUCUCUGUGGGGAGAAGUCGUUACGCACAUAGAAUCUGACUAAAAUCCACUGCAGUUGUCCCAUCUCUGUCAGACUUAACUAACAAGAAAGACAUCUUCAAAGUCAGUUUAAGUAGUUUUAUUUCUGCUACAUUACUUCAAGACUAGGUAUGGUUUGAGUCAUGUUAAGAAAACAUUCACACAGUACUAACUAGUUAAUCUGGAGUUUAUUUCCAUUAAAGUGACCACUACGUUUGUUCAAGCUGAGGACAAAUGUGAAGAACGCACAAGUUUUUGAGUUGUGAGGGUAGACAGCAGAGGGCAGUAGUGUUACUCAUUUAACUGUAGUUUCAGAAGCUUUGCUGUCCUUGAACCAGGUUUUUCAUUUCAACCCAUUCAAACCUUGAGUUUGUUUGAAUAUUAUAACUGAGUCCUGAUUCAAUCUCUGUCCUGAGAUAAAGAAUCCUAAAUAAGACAGGUCAAUUUUGUUUUCCAGUUUGUUUUCCAGACACUCUGGCAUCCAGUCCUCAAUCAGAAGUGUCUGUUUUGACCCACAGUUACUUGAUUCCUCUUUGGGAACAUACCAGAUAGCUUUUAGAAAUAUGGAAUUGUGCCAACAUGGCAGCUCAGAGAAUUAGGAGCCAAAUUUAAGAAGGCAAGUCUAGAUCUUAAUUAAUUGACCUGUGUAAUUUUUCAUAAAGAUUUUUCGUAUUUAAAGAUUUCAAAUUAGAAGUUCUCAAAUGUUUUGCUUUUGGCAGUUUAAUAAAUUCAAAGGAUUUUUUUUUCCCCUCCAUUUGAAGCAUUCAUUAUCUACACUGUUACUUAUGAUCAACAGGACUGAAAUUAUCAAAGUAUCAAGAGUGCAUUUAACUUAUCUUUAAUAAUAAUGAUUCUUUCAAUAGUAUUUUAUUUCCAGUGAUUAUGUUUCUUUUUUUUUUUUUGCCCCGCCUCCACAUUAUUGUCUGAAAUCUCCCCUUUGAUCAUCCAAAUACUCACCAUUAAUGCCUUGUGUACAUGCAGAGCAGACCAUGGCAGCAUUAUAACGGCCCUCUCUGUACAUUAGCUGCAGUUAUCAGCCAAUAAUAAGCUUGUGAACAAAAGUUUCAGUGUCUGCAUUUGACAGUCAAAGUUGUGUACAAGGUUCUGUGCCCCCAAAAAUGGAUUCAACUCAACAUUUCAAGGGGUUCAGUACCCCACAAGUUAUGUUAUCCCUGCCCCCAAGUGAGACCACAUAAAUGGAAGCUGUCAUUCUUACUGAUUGAUGUCUGAUUGUUUCUGACACUGAAUUGCACUCAUUGAAUAAAGACAGAGCGGCGGGGCUCGACUCACUGCUCAUAAAUGAUGGGAA